ACGUCUUGCAAAUUGAGAAGACGGUUUCAUCUCAAUGAAAUGCACUCGCCUGGUGAUGUGAUUCUAGGAGGACUGUUUGAAGUCCAUUACACCUCUUUCCUCCCUGAGCUCACAUUUACCUCAGAACCACAUAAACUCAGCUGUCAGGGCUUUGACCCUCGAGGAUUUAGGCAUGCGAUGACUAUGGCUUUUGCCAUUGAUGAAAUCAACAAAAACCCCAACCUGCUUCCUAAUGUGACUCUGGGAUACAGCCUUUAUGACAACUGUGCUACACUUGUAAUUGGAUUCAGUGCUGCGUUAUCUCUGGCCACUGGUCAAGAAGAACAAUUUUUGCUACAAGACAACUGUUUUGGUAGCCCCCCAGUGCUGGGGAUUGUGGGUGAUCCCUUCUCAACAUUUUCUAUUGCCACCUCUGAUGUUAUAGGUUUAUUCAGAUUGCCUCUUGUGAGUUACUUUGCUACAUGUUCCUGCCUAAGUGAUCGCCAAAGGUUUCCAUCUUUCUUUAGAACUAUUCCAAGUGAUUCUUUCCAGGUGCAUGCCAUGAUUCAGAUUUUAAAACGCUUUGGCUGGACGUGGGCUGGUCUGCUGGUCAGUGAUGAUGACUAUGGACUCCAUGUUGCCCAGUCAUUUCAAACAGAGUUGGUUCAGUCUGGUGGGGGAUGUCUGGCUUACUCAGAGAUUUUACCCUGGGGUGAAAACCAAGCUGAAUUCAGAAGGAUUGUGGAAGUGAUGAAGAAGUCCACAGCUCGUGUGGUAAUCGUCUUUGCACAUCAGAUACACAUGAUUCAGUUAAUGGAAGAGGUGGUGAAGCAGAAUGUGACAGGUCUGCAAUGGAUGGCUAGUGAAGCUUUGACAUCCGUCGCUGUGCUCCAACAACCCCAUCUCAUGCCAUUUUUGGGUGGCACGCUGGGUAUUGCCAUCCGUCGAGGUGAAAUCUCAGGACUCAGAGAUUUUCUCUUGAGAACUCAUCCUGAUAUCAACAACAACAAUGAAAAUAACAUGGUAAGGCAGUUUUGGGAACACACUUUUGAGUGCAGAUUUGCACCACCUCCAGCUGGUUGGGUGGAAGCUGGAGGAGCUCUGUGCACUGGAGAAGAAGAUCUUGAGACUGUGGAAACUGAGUUUUUGGAUGUCUCAAACCUCAGGCCUGAGUACAAUAUUUACAAGGCUGUGUAUGCUCUGGCAUAUGCCCUUAAUGACAUGCUGCAGUGUGAGCCAGGGAGAGGGCCUUUUGAUAGGUACAGCUGUGCUUCUUUACAACGACUGGAGCCCUGGCAGCUCAUGUAUUACUUGGAAAAGGUCAACUUUACAACGUCAUUUGGAGAUCAUGUGUCAUUUGACAAGAAUGGUGAUGCUUUACCUAUAUAUGACAUCAUGAACUGGCUGUGGCUCCCUGAUGGAGGAACUAAAGUUCAGAAUGUGGGGGUUGUUAAAAAGACAACAUUCAGCGGAGAAGAACUCACACUUGAUGAAAACAAAAUUUUCUGGAACUUUGACUCCAAUCAGCCGCCUCGAUCAGUGUGCAGUGAGAGCUGUCCUCCAGGUACCCGCAUGGCCAGAAAAAAAGGACAGCCUAAGUGCUGUUUUGACUGUGUCCCAUGUUCUGAAGGAAAGUUCAGUAACACAACAGAUUCUGUGGAGUGCAUCAGUUGUCCAGAGGAUUUCUGGUCCAGCCCUCAGCGUGACCACUGCAUUCCUAAAAUAACAGAGUUCCUGUCCUAUCACGAACCUCUGGGUAUCUGCUUGACAACUGCUUCAUUGCUGGGAACAUUUAUUUGUACUGUUGUUUUAGGGAUCUUCACCUGCCACCGCAGCACACCUGUGGUACGAGCCAACAACUCAGAACUGAGCUUCCUGCUUUUAGUGUCACUCAAACUGUGUUUCCUGUGUUCACUGCUUUUCAUCGGGCGACCCAGACUGUGGACGUGCCAACUGAGACAUGCAGCAUUCGGGAUCAGCUUUGUGCUUUGUGUGUCAUGCAUCCUGGUUAAAACCAUGGUGGUGUUGGCUGUAUUCAAAUCCUCCAAGCCAGGAGGUGGAGCCAAUCUCAAGUGGUUUGGUGCGAUGCAGCAGAGAGGAACAGUUUUUGUUCUUACUUGUGUUCAAGCAGCAAUCUGCACUGUAUGGAUUGUCACAGCCUCACCAGUCCCCCAUAAAAACACACAAUACCACAAUAACAAGAUAAUUUAUGAGUGUGUUGUUGGGUCUACAAUAGGUUUUGCAUUGUUACUGGGCUAUAUUGGCUUACUUGCUGUCAUCAGUUUCCUGCUUGCAUUUCUGGCAAGGAAUCUGCCAGACAGUUUUAAUGAGGCUAAACUCAUCACAUUCAGCAUGCUGAUCUUCUGUGCUGUGUGGGUGGCCUUUAUUCCAGCUUAUAUUAACUCUCCAGGCAAAUAUGCAGAUGCAGUGGAGAUAUUUGCCAUACUGUUCUCCAGUUUUGGUCUCUUGGUGGCGCUGUUUGGACCCAAAUGUUACAUAAUCUUGCUGAGACCAGAAAAAAACACAAAGAAAGCUAUCAUGGGCCGCACUACCAACAAGACAUAA